AUGUCGACAGCAUCAGCAUCUCAAGACCUGUCUGAACAGGUUCCUGCGACAAUGGAGCAAUGGAAAGAGUUGGAGACAGCAAUGUAUCUCGACAACAAGUCUCUCAAAGGCUGCCAGACCCUGGCUCCCAGGUCAAAAGUCACCUAUGAACAGUUCCUGCUCUUCAGAACUGUCAUUUCCAAGAAGGAGCCUGCAGAAUUUGAUCCAGCGUCCUUUGGCUUGAAAGAAAAGCACGACAGGGCCACGCAGCUUUUGAAGGCAUCUGAUCAAUUUCAAAGCUAUGUCAAUGCCAUUAAGAUGGAUACCUUUUAUGCAAAAGACGCUUUCGGUCUCCUCCGACACUCACAAAGAGAAGUCCUCGGAUUACGCAAAGACGAGCGAGCAGUGAAUAUGACAUUCAUCUCUUUGCUUCAGGCCAUCUCGAAUACAUACCCUGGUUGCAAAAGUUGGUGGAGGUUCUCGAGGCAUCUUCUGACUGCAACAUUCGGACAUUUUGGCGGCAAAACUCGUGGCUUCACCGCAACUACCAAAGGUCAACUACAGGAUAAAGGCACAGACCAAAUAGUAGCAAUUGUCGACUCUACCGUAGAGGCUCCAACUCUACAAGUGGAUAUCUACGAGGCAUCGCAAAUCGUCGCAUGGGUCAAGAGCUAUCCAGAGCCAAAAUAUCAACGUAUCGUUGUUGCCCAGCACGACUGUGAGUUCUACGUGACAUUUGCCGAGUAUGACGACGACUGGCUGGCCUAUCUCAACCGCAGUCUACUUGAACUGAAAAGUGUGAUGUCGAUGAAUCGGUUCGGACCGUGGGAUCUGAGAAACUGGCAGGACGUGGAGGAAGUCGCCGCUAUCUUUCUCGCAAUUGCUAUUUGA